UUGAGAUGCACCUGUAUUUCAGUGGUUUAGUGCUCGUUGUACUGCCUUUAUACUGAUUCAUUGAUUCGUGACAGAGAAUCACUUUUGAGGUUCAUGAGACUCGUUCUGAUUCAGUCCUGAGAGUUUGAGGUUUAAAUCUGCUUUAGCCACAAUGAAAAACAUCUUAAAGCUCCUAAAACAGGCACAUUUCCUUCAUGCAGAAUACUCUUCAGGUCUUUUUCUUGAUUCAGGUGUGUGUGUGAGAGAGAGUGAGUGUGUGUGGUGUUGAGCAGCAGCUGUGGCGCGUCUCUGAAGCUGCUGAUAUUUAAUACACUCAGCAGAUGGACACACACAUGCAGCAUCACUGUCUGCUAUUGUUGAGCGAGCCAAUGAGACGUGUGUGUGUGUGUGAGUGAGUGUGAUCAUCUCAAACUCCAUCGACUCUCAUCUGCUGCUCAGGUAACACACCUUCACUCUCACUGUGUGUCUGAGCAUCUCCGCAUGUGCUGCUUUUUGACUGUUUGAGUGUGUUUAACCUCAUGUGAAUGAAUGACCCACGAUGCCUCUGGCCGGAGACGAGCUGGUCUGCCCCAAGUUCCAGCCCAACAUCUUCGACUCCACCCGCUGCCACGACUGCUUGCGCCAGAAACAGCUGCACCACACCUGUGCCGAGCGCGCUCCCGAGCAGAGCGUCUCCGUGGCCGUGCGCAGCGACGACAAGGACACCAGCGCCAAGGAUGACUCAGAUGUGCUGUCAGUGGUGAGUAGCUACUGUGAUGUCAGCAGAGGGGGGCAGGGCUUUGAGGACGGCUCCAUCUGCAUCUUGAGUCCGGACUGUGACCUCUACCUGUGUGACGGAGACGACGACCAAAGCUCGGACAGUCAGGGUGACGAUUCCAUCUACAGUAGCUCUACUGGAACAGAGGAAUACUCCAGCCUCCUUCAUCAUCCUUCAUCUUGCCAUAGAAUGACCCGCUUGGAUCAGCCACCAUACCGGGCAAGCCCCCGAGGAUGGACGGAGAUGUCCCAGAGUCGCCGUGAUGGUCUUGGGCAGUUCGGUGUUUCUCACGGCAGCCAGAAGGAACGGAGGGAACGGGAGAGUGGAUAUUUCUCUCUGGGAAGGGCUGCGGGCAGCAGAGCUUUACUUGAUCAAAGCCCUCCCUAUAGGCAUUCAGAGAGAGGACAUCCCCUGCCAAGCAACAAAAGCCCCGAACCCAAAGCCACCAUUCCAUUUCGAAACCCGGAUCUGGGUGUCGCUUCUGAAAGGAGGACCUCUGAGUUUCAGAAUGCUGAACAAAUUGAAGAAAACUAUCCUCCAGAGCCACUGGAUCUCAGUCUGGAGGUGGAGGCCCUCGCCGGGCCCCGGGCCCUGAGUCCCACCCCUUUCAAACAAGCGGAAUCACUCAGUGGCUCUGGUCGAAGAGCUGGACGGAAUGCCCACACAUCUCCCGUACGGCAGUCUGGAAUGCUCGACUCUCUCCAAAGAGGUUCUGUCCUCUCCCGUUCUUCCUCUCCUUCCCCGUUCAGACGGGCUGAGUCCAUCUCCUCUCUAAACACAGUUGGCUUUCGGUCGGGUGGAGUUUCGCAGGGACCAGAUCGGGCAUUGGGCAAUCCGGCACGGAACAGCUACUCUGGAAACCUCCGAUCGUUUGCGAGCACCGCAGGCACCGUCAGUAGCAUCAAUAAGUCUCUCUCUCACAUGGAUCUGAGAGGCACUUUACGGAAACCCGAGACCGACCGCUCCUUCCCAGAGAACCGUGGAAGCUCAUCUCCUUCCAGACGGAGUUAUGAAGGUCCUGCUGUGAGGAAAACCGAAACAAAAAGCCCUGGUCACGACAGACAGUGUUCCUUCUCCUCAGUGGGACGCUAUGAUUCAAGAAGCCAGUCGCCUUCCAGACAGAGUUAUGAUAGGAAAACUGAAACGAAAGGUCUUUCAUAUGAGCGUGGACCUGACAGAUUGGGAAUCUCCUCCUCUUCCACCUUGAAGAGCCACUUUGAUUCCCGAAGUCAGUCCCCUUCCAGACGAGGCUAUGAUAGGAAAACUGAAACGAAAAGUCUUUCAUAUGAGCGUGGACCUGACAGACCGGGAAUCUCCUCCUCUUCCACCUUGAAGAGCCACUUUGAUUCCCGAAGUCAGUCCCCUUCCAGACGAGGCUAUGAUAGGAAAACCGAAACGAAAAGUCUUUCAUAUGAGCGUGGUCUUGACAGACAGGUAAUCUCCUCUUCUUCCACCUUGAAGACCCGCUAUGAUUCCGGAAGUCAGUCCCCUUCCAGACGGAGUUAUGAUAGGCAAACCGAAACAAAAAGCCCUUCAUAUGAGCAUGGUCCUGACAGACAGGGAUUAUCUUCCUCUUCCUCCUUGAAGAGCUGCUAUGAUUCCCGAAGCCAGUCCCCUGUGCGGAGGAUAGAGUCCAAUGGCAUAUCAAGUCAGAUUCAAGAGAGUCGACGAAGUGCGUCUCCAGUCAGAAAGGGCUAUGGAGCACCAAGCCAAUCAGAUCCAAGAUCAAUGUCUAAUGGGUGGAGCCAUGAGAGAAAAAGCCCCUCCACAUCCAGAAAAAGCUAUGAAACACAAAGCCAAGCCACAAUAAAAAAAACAGAAGCAAAAAGCUCCCUUCACAGCUACAACCGAGAGAGCCGACACAGUUCCCCAAGUAGAGGUCAUCACCAAAUCCCUGGGCCAUCAUCACUUCGAAAGUCCGAAACAAGCCAGUCCUUGAAAAACCGUGGCUCUGAAAGCCGCAGUCCUUCCCCCGUAGCUCAUAGCCAAUCUCCUCCUCGCAAGUCAGAGAGUGGGCGGAGCCCCUCUUUGUCUACAUUGAGGCGUGAGAUUGCAGACCACGCCCCUCUGAGGAAUACUGUGAGUGGCUCCGCCUCUUAUGUAAGAAACACAAUUAGUAGCAAAUCACAGCACGAUUCACCGGGACGCUGGAGAGACUCCGCCCACUCUCUUCACAGCCAGUCAGUCUCACGAAACUCCUCCCCCUCACGCCACAGUAGUGAGAAGAAGCCAAUUGAUUCCUUUAAGAAAACUGCCUGGGAAACGCCACGAGACGGAAGUAAGAAGAGCAGUGUGAGGCAGAACCUAGAAGCACAGAGCUCCAUGUCUGACAACCGACGAGCACAGAGUCGACACAGAAGCCCCUCGCCUCCGGUCCAAAGACACACAUCUUCUCAGAGCUCCAUGGACUCCGAGUCGAGUCACCUCUCGGCCGGGUCAUCGGGUCUCAACCGGGAGGAGUAUGCCAUGAUGGCUGACCUUCCCAAGGUCAAAACGGUCUUCCAGAGGGAGAGUCCAAGCCACCUGAGAAGGAUGGAGAGCAGACAGAAACGAGAGCUUUCCCGCUACAAACCAGCCAGUCACUCCCAGAGCAAAGCUCCUUCAGACUGGGAUGAACUGGAGGAAGACAGAGACAGUGGUACACUAUCAAGGGCUCACUCGUCCAGCUCCCUACACACACAGAGAGCGAGCAGUCCGGCCGCAGAUCAGACGGAGUCCGGCAAAAACCUGUCUAGAGCGUCAGGACAGAAACAGAAAACACACAGACCGUCGGUGUAUUUCUCCUGCAGCGUGGAGCAGGCCGAUGACGAACCAAUGCAACAGGCACGUCAUAAACACUCGACACUCACCCACUAAUGAAAAACUCUGUCGUCAUUUACUCACCAUUGUUGUACCAAACCUGUAUGACUGACCAUCUUCCAUAUAACACAAAAGUGAAGUGAAGUGAAUAGUGAUUGUUCUGCCUAACAUCUCCUGUGUACACUGCAACAAAUUAUUUUCUUCCUUAGGAAUUACGUCUUGAUUUCUAGUUUAAAUAUCUAAAAAUUCUUGAAUCGGAUGCAUUUACUUGACUAGUAUAAUGACUUAAGAUAGUAAGUCUUGUUUUUAGUUUU